UGACCGCCUCGCGUUCAAAUGAGCCUGUGCACAGCCAGGUAGGUAACGUCAGGUUCGGUGGGGCUCCCUCAGCUUCACUCACCUCUUUUGCCGAUCCUACGUUGUGUCUCGUUGGCUUAAGCCCGUGCUUUACGUCGAAGGAAAAAAUACCUUCUACCAGAAGGACCAGAAUCGAGAAUUGCACCAUGCCCUGUCUUUUGACACUUAAUGUAUGACUGAUUUGCGCAUUUUUCCAUCCAUCUGGUGAUAUACAUUUACCCCUGAUUAUGAUCUAGCCUAGAGUACGCAGUGCAAGUAGUUCAAUAUACUGCUUUGCCUUGCGGGUCAUUCAGCAGCUGCUAGGACCUGCGCGUGUUUCUCUCAGGCUGUGAGACCUCAGACGUGGUGAUUAACCGGCUGUGACGCGGCUUAACCUCGCCCAGCGGGCCUCGGCGUCUGCGGCCGCUUCUGGCGUUCGGCUUGCUUGGCGCUAGCAUGCGCGCUGGGAUCCCAUGGCUUCUGCGUCCUGUUAACUGUCCGACCAGUAACAGGACCUUGACGAGUCUGCCGUCCUCGUUUCUGAAUGCCCGCAUUGUUGCACUCAAUUUACGUGCGAUGCUGCAAUGGCUGCCGUGAUUAUGCACAUUGCACAUCGCGCCUCGCCGGGCCUCUUGGCCCACCGGACACGACCCGACCUGGCCUGACCUUGCUUGUGUGUGUGUGUGCUGCCUAGACGCUCAGCCGGAGCCGGCAUCUGCCCGGAGUAGAAUGUUCGACAUGCUUCUGGUCGAAGAGAGCAUCACUGAAAAGUCCGCUGAGGAGCAGGAGAACAACUGCGAGGCCGACCGGCGCCUGGCCCUCGACAACCAGCGGCUGGCGGAGCUGGAGGGCACGCGCGGAAACAGCUUCUUCAUCCCGUCUUGCACCCCUGACCACAAGUACAACCGUGUACAGUGCCAUAAUGCCACCGGGUACUGCUGGUGCGCUGACCCUGACACGGGACACUCGGUGCAGCGCACGGUCAAGGGCAGCGUGCCCGACUGCUCCCAGGUGCGGCCCAAUGCCAAGGGCCGCCGACGGAACCAGCAGGGCCGGGGCAGACUGCCCAGAGCGUGCCGCGGUGCCGACAGGCUGCAGAUCUUCCUGCGCCAGCUAAUGGACUACCUGACCAGCCGGCUGGUGAACGCGCUGCAGCAGCGCCAGUACACAUUGCCUCCUGAUAUCGAUGGAGAAGAAAAGUCAUUCGAAGAGAAAAUUGCCGAGUGGAAGUUCAGCGCGACUGAUAGCAACAAAAACAAUGUGCUGGACAGGCGGGAGUGGAAGGCGCUGCGGGAGGAGUUCUCGCGGGACCCCGACCUGAGGCGGUGUGGACGGCGGCUACCGCGCUACUGCGACGCCAACAACGACCGCAAGAUCGACCUGGACGAGUGGCGCGUGUGUGUCGGCGCCGUCGAAGAAGAACGUCGACCGACCAAGCGACCAAAUCCGUUCGAGACGUACCUGAUUAGCGACUGAGUGCUCACGGUCGCCUGUGGAGGGCCCCAAGCGCCACACGUCGCCUGGAUUCGGCCCGCAGUGGAGGAGCUGACGGAGGAGCCGUCACCAGCAGCUCGCCGUGGUCGGCACAGACCAGAGCGGGGUGGACGGCAAGUGCCGGGGACGGCGGCGCGCGCGAACGCGUCCCUCCGCGGCACGUCUGACACGUGGGAGUGGGUGACGAGAGUUCACCAGCUGUAGGCGCUCGCCAGCGGUGUGCAGCCUCGGCCCUGCUCUGGCACGCUGGGUCACGAACUCGCUAUCGGCGGAGAGGUCUGCUCCAGCACCUGUCAUGACGCGCCGGCGGUGGGGUCCGUCCUGUGACACGGCCAGCGACUGUCUGUGCGUCGCACCGUCUGGCGGGGACGACGGUUUCGACCGGGGUCACCAGGGCCAGCAGGCGGCAGCUGCCGUGGAAGCUUGUGAAUCUGUCACGUUGGGGACCGGAUCUGCGUGUUCCUAGCCGGUAGCCGCUCUGUGGCGCCUAGCGUGGCGUUUUAGCAGACUCCAGCUUGCCCGCAUAUCGGGCAGAUGGCUCUGACCUUAUAGUGCAAAUUAAAUAUAAUUGAGCAACUGUGGUGUUAUAUGACCACGACUGGAAUCGGCCACGCCUCAGACCAUCGCAACUGAUGCCGCUGUUGUGCCAUAUGGUCAUGUGCACUUAUGUCGAUGAUGUAGAUCAUUAGCACGCUGUCUCAGGAUUUUGUGUUGUUUGGACAGCAAUCCCAUAUUCAGAUAGCCUUCGCAUCAGUGUUUUCUUGCUACCCUUAGCAACAAUGGCCCUCACUGUCUUUUAUUGUCUACACCCAAUAUUUCUAGUGCUUAUUUUAUUUCUAAGCCCUCGCAUUUAGGCGUUUUCUUACCAUAGCUUGCCUCUAUGUCGUCACGCUUGAACCAACGUAUUUAAUAUCAUCCCGCCCCUUUACCACGCUAUGAACUUGUUGCCAACAUUCUACGGAGUGUUGCAGGUGGCAAGAAGCCGUCUGAUAACAUGCAGCGAACAGUGAGUGUGUUGUGCCCCGCACCGCCAACAGGACGGCGCCACAGGGGAAGGUUUCCUCAGACAUCUUGCGGGUCUUCUCCCAUGUCUGUUCAGAGGCGCGGUGUUGCUAUUCAGCGGUCCGCUGGAAGCUGUCGCGGCUCCAACGGCCCAACCCGCCAGCCCCAGGUCGUCACGUCCUGGAAGCGUUGCCAUACACGGUACCUGAUGUCUCAUUGGUAGCGCGUGGCUGGCGCGCCUCUGCGGGUGCGAGGCGCCUGGAUCUGUUUCCGCAUGUCGAGCGCGGCCCGGCCCAGAUCUCAUCCGUCAGACGGUUACCUUGUUGAACGCCACCCGCUCAGUGUCAAGACUGUGUCGCGUUCAGACGCAGUGCCAGGGAUGCCAGCCAUUCGCGCCAGCUUCUCCCCACUGUUGUGUCGUGAUUGACGUGAUGCAGGUACUGACGCGCAGUGUUCUGUCGGUGGUGCUCGCUUGCUCGCUGCACAAAGAAAUGGAUCCGGACGGCAGCACCUGUAGAAUUCGAGUGUGUUAUCGCGCGUCUGGCGACGACAUUUUUUCAUCCAGAUGUGAUGACAAUGUUUGUAAAUAUCAUCCCUCCAUUGCA